UUGUCUGUGUGUAUGUGGUAUGUUUUUCAGUACCACUUAAAGUAACUUGACCAUUACUUCCAAUCGCAAAACAUAGCGUUUGUUUGAGGACACUUGGUGAAUUUGUUUCGUAGAUUAACUAUUUCUUUUGUUGGAAUGCUGGAGCGUUACUUAUUCACAGUUAAGGCAACUUUCAGCAAUUCAAAGUUGUCAUGUUUCAGGUUGUUAAUUAUCCCAAGCCGUUAUUGAUUUCAGGUAGACUCCGUAAACUGCAAUCUCCUUAAGUUUCUCCGUGGGGUAGUGGGUGUUCAAUUCACGUGUCAGGCACUGCAACCAAUACCUAGCCACCUGCAGUGUUCCGCGUCAGCACCUUGAGUUUCAAUAUUUCCUGCGUAACUUUUAAGACGUCUUCACAAUACCGUAGUAACGGUAAUAAUACUCGUCGUAUCUUGGCCGAUGCAGAGAUAUAGUGAGGUGCAUAAUUUUAAUGACUUAAAGUUCAAAUUGCAGUGUAAAGGUAGGCACGAGAUAAAUAGGGCCGGUAGUCUCGAUAAUAAGUUUCAUGCUGGGGUUUUUUUUACUUGAAAUGGGCUGCAAAGCCAAGCGGUCGCACACUUAGAGGAACAAACCGUGGCUUCGACGAAGAUAUCCAUCAAGCAAAGAUGGUAAAAAAGAACUGUGACUUAAAUUCAGUUCUCAAAAUUAAGCAGGGGAUGAAUAAAGGAGAGGAGUCGUGGGCCACUCAGGGGCUCCGCGAGUUCUGCGCCAGUCCCAGCGACGUGGCGAGGGACCACCCUCCCAGCAAGCUGGCCCGGCCGGAGCAGAACGGUGGCGCGGGCAACCAACUCGUCGAGUCCAGAGCCAGGGUGUCCACCUGGGCCAUGGCCAAAUGCAGUAAGCCCGUCUGCCGCUCCAUCCCCGUGUUCUGCAUCGUGGAGCAGGGCGAGAGUCCCAUGGACCUGGACGGCAAGGAGGAGCACGCUGACUUCGUGCUGCUGCGACGCGACGUGCUCUUCAACCAGCUGGUGGAGACGGCGCUGCUCUCGCUGGGAUACUCGCACAGCUCGGCCGCUCAGGCGAGAGGCCUCCUGAAGCUGGGAAACUGGAACCCGGUGCCACUGAAGAGUAUCACCGACUCCCCCGAGGCCACCAUCGGCGAGAUGCUGCAGGACGUGUUCCACACAGCGACGCUCCGCAUCUUCCUGCACAGCUGCUCUCGACUGGAGGAUCUUCCUUCGGAGCAGUGGACCCACACGACCGUCCGAAACGCACUACGAGAACUCCUCCGGGAGAUGAACCAGAGCGCCCUCGCCAAAGAGUGCCCCCUCUCCCAGAGUAUGAUCUCCUCCAUCGUGAACAGCACUUACUACGCCAACGUCUCUAUGGCAAAGUGCCACGAGUUUGGACGAUGGUACAAGCACUACAAGAAGUACAGAGCCAGAGCAGAUGGACAAGACAUGAUGUCAUUGGCAAGGCUGUCAGGAAGGACAAACGCCAGCCCCAGCCCCAAUCAUCAUCAGCACUUGUCGGGCGGCAAGGACCCAGCCUCACCGCGGCAGCUCACGCCCACGCAGCUCUCGCCGGGCCAGACACCGCACCUCGCGCAGUCCUCCCCGGGUCCUCCCCAAGGCCUCCUCCCUCCGCCGUCUUCCCAGCUGCGCAGCCCGCUGUCUCCGUUGCAGCCGCUGGUUGGACCUGGCAUGAUGCCCCCGCAAUUGGUGAGCCAGCAGAUAGCCAUGGCUCAGUUCCUAAACCAGCAGCUGGCGGUCAGCAGGCUCCUCGCCCACCAGCAGCAGCAUCACCACCAGCAGUUCCUCAACCACCCGCCGCCACCGCCGGGCUCGCAGGGAGUGCCUCCGCCCGGCGCGUCCAUGGGCUCCACCGUGAGGGCCUUCAGCAAGGGCUGCGCCGGCGAGAUGCCCAACUCGUCGUCGGACGUCGGCCUCGACAUCUACCAGCGGGUGCGCGAGGAGCUCAAGCGCGCCAGCGUCUCGCAGGCCGUGUUUGCCCGCGUCGCGUUCAACCGCACGCAGGGUCUGCUCUCUGAGAUACUCCGGAAGGAGGAGGACCCAAAGCUGGCGUCCCAGUCUCUGCUGGUGAACCUUCGUGCCAUGCAGAACUUCCUCAACCUGCCCGAGGUGGAGAGGGACCGCCUGUACCAGGAGGAGCGCGAGAGGAACAUGAACCCAGCCGGGGUGAUGGCGGCCAGCAGCAUAAUGCAACCUGGCAGGAACUUCUCACCACAGACGAAGCCGUUUGCCAUGCCCCUAGAGCACUGCGUGAAGAUCGAAGAUGGUGUGGGCCAGGGCAUCACAGCCAUCAUCUACGAUGAAAUCCAGCAGGAGAUGAAGCGCGCCAAGGUAUCGCAGGCCCUCUUUGCGAAGGUGGCAGCAAUGAAGAGCCAGGGCUGGCUGUGCGAGCUGCUGCGCUGGAAGGAGACGCCCUCGCCCGAGAACCGCACCCUGUGGGAGAACCUGGCCACCAUCCGCCGCUUCCUGAGCCUGCCCCAGAGCGAGCGAGAUGCCAUCUACGAGGAGGAGGCCGGCGCGCACCACCACCCACCCACGCUGCUGCAGCAGCAGCAGCAGCCGCCGCCGCCGGCAGCGGCGGCGUCGCACGCCGCUCACUUGACGCACGCCGCCAUGGCCACGCAGCCCUGCCUGCUGCCUCACCCCGACGUACUGCCGAGGGAGGUCUCACGAUUUUGCAUCUCUGGUGGUUGGAAGCCUCCCACAAGCCAGCCGCUGGUGCUGAUCCAGGGCGAUCGUCUGGCCGUCGCGACCAGACCAGCGGCCUCUCCUCCCCCGCUGCCUCCGGCUCGUGACGAGGACGCGAGCAGCGGAGGAGGCGCAGGCCCGCCGUCCAUCCCCAAGGCGCGCGUCCGCACACGCAUCUCCGUGGAGGCCCUGGGCAUCCUGCAGAGCUUCAUCCAGGACGUGGGGCUCUACCCGGACCAGGAGGCAGUGCAAACGCUGUCGGCGCAACUGGACCUUCCGCGGCACACCAUCCUGAAAUUUUUCCAAAAUCAACGCUACCAGGCGAAGCACCAUCAGCGAACGAUGCGGGAAGCGUUGCAGGAAGGACAGGCGGCACACGAGGCAGGCCGGCAGCAGCAGGAGCAGCACUGCGGCGAGGCAAGCGGCGCCAGCGGAUGCAGGGAUGAGUCCGACGGUGGGAUGAGCCCAAAUGCCACCGGCGAGAUGAUGAUGGACGACUCCAUGGAAGAUAGCGACGAAGGAAGUGACGCGUACCAUGAGGUGGACACGCACAACAAUGAUGACAAUGAGGAUGAUGAGGAUGAGGAGGACGAGGUAGAAGAUCACCAUGCCGCAAGCCCCGAAGUGGAGGCGCACAGAGAAGUAGAGCAGAGCAACUCGGAGUAGUCACGCAGUGGCUUUUAAGGCAACACUAGGAAUUUAUGUUUUUACAUGAUGGUAGACUCGUUCAAGUUAGAGUGAACAAAAUACUCUGCUGAUAAGUCUGCAUUCCCGACAUGAAGAUGCAUCUUCAGCUCAUUUACAUUUUACGAACAGCAAUUGUGAAUGAACUUGUAUAAUUGUUCACUUUAGAAGGCAGCUUGAAACAUGAAGGACGGGAGGUAAGGGAGAGAUGAAUAGAUUUAAAAGUAAUAUAAUGUUGAAAUUGAUGUUGUCUGUGUUGGGUAGUCGAUAUAUAUUUAAGAUUAGAUUUUGCAGUCAUUCAUAGUAAUUCUGUUUCAUUAUUAAAAUAGCUGUGCCGCCAAUUUAAGUUAAUAAAAUAGCUAUUUUGAAUUUUCAAAAUCACAACUGGCAACAGUGAGUUUAAAAAUCCUUUAACAAUAAUUCCAGUUGAAGCUAAACUUUCAUUAAAGCUGGUACAAUUGCAGCUUAACAGUAUAUAUACGAUGGUAAAAGAUGUAACAAAAUCAAAAGGGCUUUUUUUUUAUUUGCUUUACUGUAUUUUCUAUUAAAAUUCCAAAAGAGCCAUGCUCACAUGAUUAGCAAUUCGAUAUCGACUGCAAUCUCUAAAAUGCAGAUGUCAUUAACAGCCAGCCACACAGAUCCCCUCCCGUCUGCGUAGACGAGGUUUAAAAUAACAAGUCAACAAUGACACGGGAGUAGCAUCAUUUCCUUUAAUAAACGCACCAUCGUUGUGAAGCUGACGUUGCAGGUGACAACCAAUGCGUGUGAGCAUAGAGCACAUUGAGAGUCAGACAGAGAUAAUAAUCCGGACAGGGGUCACUGAGCAUGAAAAAAGGAGGGACUAUUUGUACUUGGCAAAAACAAUUAUCAGAGUGAUCUGAAUUGGCUCGCUGCGUUAGUCUGAAGUCCCGAGAGAUUAAAAGUGCUCAAGAGAAAGAUCCACGUGUUCUGGCGCACACGCCGACUGACAAGAGAUGUAUCUCGUCCCUGCAGAAUUAGAAACAGAUUUUACAACAUAAGUUUUGAACGGGGAUAAUGAAUAAUCAUAAGGAAUGAAUCCGAGGCGAAAAAGCACCUUAAACAUAAUGUCAAAUUGUGUUCGUUGGCAUUUGGUGCUGGGUGUUAUUGAUGUAUCUAAUUAACUGAACAUUAUUUUUUUUUACCAUCAAAUUCAGGUGCAUUACUUACUGUGCAGUAUUACAGUGCGUAGGUGUUAGGGGUACCCCUGGAUGCACAUCUUGAAAUUCAAAUGAUAUUUGUUUGUAAAACGGUGGGUGAAGCCAGCGGAAAACAGUUGGUUGAUGAGGACAAAUAAUUAGUGCUGAUGUGAUGGAUUGAUUCCCUGAUAGUGGCAAACCUACGGCUGGGCCCAGCAAGCGCUCUCGAGGUGGUGAUUAACAGCCGCGCGUCUAAACGGCACUUAAUAAAGACUGAUUCGGCUUGCCGGCCUAAUCGCUGGGCAUCCGUCACUCCAGCCACCAUCGUUAAGUGCUCGAGCACCGCAGAUGUUUACCAAUGGACCGAAAGGAAGGGGGGGGGGCACGGGGGCGGGGGAAGGAACGCUCGCAUGGUCAGAACGCGCACCUUAAUGGCACUCGUGAACAGUUGACUUCCUUGAGUUCCAGUUUAAAGGGCAGCAAUCAGCUGCUCCAUUGUAUACGUUACGAAGGUGUGUAAUUUUGUUUAAUUUGUCUUACUUAGGCUGGCUCACGUCCGAGAUUUUUUUUCACGUGGAGUAACCCUUGCACACAAUUCACGCGUACGCGUCCUGUAUCAGCGGCAUCGUGAUUAUUUUACGAAGCGAAUGCGUUGAUUUACGUAGGGCUGUUGUUCAUUGUGUGUUCGGAGAGAAUACGGACGGUUGACUGUGCUAAUGCGUUAUUGCGUCGAACGGAGCGCUUCAACGUAACCUGCCUUACUGCGGUGUGUGGCUUCAGAAGGCGGCGUGUUGGGGACCUCCUUUGUACAUAUAACAAGGUGACGAUCGGUGGAGAUGCACACCAUUAAAUAACUAUUAAAGCUCGUGUAAUUUUGCGCGAUUAGAAGCUCUUAACGGGAACACUUUGAGGAUAUUUAUAGGUGAAUAAAACUUGACUGGGUAAUUUGCCUUUACAUUUUCAAAUGGACACUGAUAAAUGUGCGUGUUUGCAGCCUGCCCGAAGUGUUUGUCUUUUUUUCUUGCUAGCCCACAUGCCCAAAAAUGAUGAUGAAUCAUGCCUAGGGAGGACAGAGAUGUCUCCCAGUAACUAGUUAUUAUUAUUAUUAUUUUUGUCGUCGUGCAAUUUUUUUAGCACCAAAAUAUGUUUGGUACAAUAAUCACAACGAAAGCUUGCAUGUAUUCAGGCAAUAAUUCCAGAAAGAAAGAAAAAAAAAACAAUAUUCCGUAAUUGUACGUUCCAGUAAUGAGCGGGGAUUUUUUUGUAUGAUAGAAAUGUCAUCAGCUUGAGAUAGUUUGGUGCGAGAUUUUCUGUUUGGCAACAAGACGUAAAGCUUCAUGAUGAUUCCUCUAAUUAAUUCCCAGAUGACACGUGCCAACAUGAUUAAAGCCCAUGAUUGAAUCAUAUAGGUCUUAUUCCAGCUGUUUCCUUUGUUUGCUAAAAUUUUUUUUUCGUAAAAAAAAAUAGCGAUGCAAAUAAACAAAAUAAACUGUGUACCAAGCUAAUUCUUAUAUAUUAAUUCAUUAUUUUGAUCACACAAACUGUGUAGUGAAAUAAAUUAUUUAUCAAAACACUUUUGUUAUAUUUGUAUUAUGUGCUGUAUAUAGUUAUAUGAAGGCAAUCGUGUAUAUUUAAUAUAUACAUGGUAGCAAGGCUUAAUUUCUCUCUAUAUUUUACGGAAUGCUGCUAGGCUGGCUUGGAGUGGGGAUUAUUGGUGUAAGGCACUACCACUAGACUACGAGGUAUGCCUAUCCAUAAUAAUCAACAUUAUUAUACACCAUCUUCCUAUAAUCUUAGGAACAGGUUUUUGAAAAAUAUGAUGCAUAUUAAGGUGUGAUGAAUGAGGCUGGGUGUCAAAAUAUUUGUCGGGAUGGCGUUUAAGCUGAAAUUAAGCGCUGCACAGAAGAAUACACACACACACAUGCACCGAUUCACGUGUGCUGUGAAAUAUGUCCACGGUGGUUUGGCACAAUGCACUGCAUCCCAGUCCAUGGUCUCCACAGCAAUGACUUGUCCGAGGAAACCGCUAUUCGUAGCCGAUGUUGCCCUCCGUUAGGUUAGCUCCAGCUAAAAUGAACACUGACUGCAAUGAUGUGUCAACAGAUGUUCUCUAAAACAAACGCUCACCCCCAUUAUCUUUGUAUGUCUAUGUGCGGGGCAUCUGUUUUUGUUGUUGUUGUUGUUUGAUGGGCAUUAAUAAAUGCUGACUCGGUCAUCGUACUUGCAGGUAGUUUAACCAAGGUAACAUGGGAAUCGCGUUUACCUAUGAGAGAAUUUGUGUCCAUGUCGAUGCAUCAUUCGCGUUGCUUACCCUUCUAAAAGGGUCCCUUGUUCUUUGGGUUGUGACAGAAGCUUAAUGGUCAACUCUUGAUAAAGUAGUCAUUGGGUUCUCAAAUUUCAAUAUCGUGUUGAGUUUAAAACUCGGACAACUUUAAAUUUUGACUUAAAACUUUCGUGACUGCAGGAAUUCAUAUUCUUUGGUUCUUUCGGUAAAGACACGUAGAUAGAAAAAUAAUGAUCAAAAAAUAAAGUAAAUAAAAAAAAUUAUGUAGACUGUAGCCUGUCGCCUACAGUGUACAUGAGUGUUUUAUUUUUCUUGUAUUUUUAUUAUUUUUAUUCACUUUAUUCUUUUUUUUAUCUACGUGACUUUACCGAAAGAACCAAAGAACAUCGAUCGACUUUAAUUCACUUAAUGGCAAAUGUGCCAACCACCAAAGUGACGUGUGUGUUCCCCAAUUUGGAUUAAAUUGGGUGGUUGGUAGGUGCAAGUAUGAAUCACUCCAGUCUGAAAAAUACACAGGCACCUCUGUUGACUCCAUCACAGAACCUUCUCCACCCUUGGAGUUUUUCAGAACUCUCAGGUUGUACCACAGAUGACUUGACAAUGUUGUCAAUAAUGUUGAACAGCAGUUGCGUGUAUUUUGUAUGUGAAAGACAGCCAAAACAUUUCGGGAAUGUUAAUGAUUUGCUUGGCUGUUUUUUGCAGGCGAAUUUUUGAAGACCCCAUCUUCAUGUUUUACUCAUAAAAUACAAACUGAUCGUAUAGAUAACUUUGAUAAAAUAUUACAUGUUAGUCUGUCAAUGCUUUUAUUAUUUUACAAUGUCAUUGUUGAAACGUGUUUACUGUACCGUCCCGUGCGUGCGUGACUUAACGAGGAAGAUA